AUGGCUACAAUAGCGCACGUCAAGAAGCUCUUCUGGGGUAACGACUCCGAUGAAAAUGUUGACUUGUCGGUUGUCAAGGAGAAAAAUGGGCAGAUCAGCGAGCAGGUCUAUGUCGACGGCGUGGAAGUGUUCCAAGACGGCAACGGUGCCCCAGUUGAGCAGGUUAGCCCUCUCGGAUACCAUGUCGGAUACGCAGGCAUCCUGUUCCUCAAUGUUAGCCAGAUGGUAGGAACUGGUGUUUUCAGUACACCCGGCGGUAUUUUACGAGCUUUGGAUUCCGUUGGCCUGAGUAUCCUAUAUUGGAUUUUCGGUUUCAUCAUUGCCGCGGCUGCUCUCGCAAUCUACCUCGAAUAUGCCUCACUCUUUCCCAACCGCUCGGGCGGCCAGGUCGCCUACCUCGAGCAGGCUUACCCAAAGCCUAGAUUCCUAUUUCCGGUUACCUAUGCCUUCUUUACCGUGGCCUUUUCAUUCUCGAGCAGCAAUGCAGUUGUCCUUGCUCGUUACAUCUACCGCGCUGCAGGCUAUACAGCCACUGAGUGGGAAAAUAAAGGGCUUGCUAUUGCCUCGUAUACUUUCUUGGCUUUCCUGUGUCUCAUAUCCACCCGCUGGUCGAUACGGUUGAUGAAUGUGAUAUCGGCAGUCAAGUUGGUUAUCCUACUCUUCAUUGUCAUCACAGGUUUUGCCGUUCUGGGAGGCGGGACAAGAGUCAAGGAACCGAGGGCGAAUUUCAACAACUCAUUCGAUCACAUCUCAAACAACGGAAACGAUAUCGUCAACGCCCUCGUCAGCAUCAACUUCGCAUACAAAGGCUAUGAGAACGCUUUCAAUGUUGUCGCUGAAAUCAAGAACCCAUUUCACUCGCUUAAAAGGAUCGCACCACUAUCUCUCGUGAUAGUCUUCAUUCUCUAUGUGCUGGCAAACGUUGCAUACUUUGCAGCUGUUCCCGCCGACGAAAUCCGCAAGUCCGGCGAACUGGCUGCGGCCCUCUUCUUCGAAGCCGUCUUUGGGACCAAGAGCGCGCGAGGCCUUCCAGCUCUCAUCGCCGUUUCCGCGGCAGGCAAUAUCAUGGCCGUGAUAAUCGGCACGACACGUCAGAUCCGCGAGUGUGGAAGGCAAGGUGUGAUCCCAUUCCCGCAUGUAUGGGCGUCCACAAGACCAUUCGGCACUCCGUUCGCCCCGAUUAUGUUGAAGUGGGUACUGACGACUAUCGUCAUCAUUGCCUUGCCCUUUGGCGACGCCUUCCAGUUCCUUGUCGACCUUCGCUCGUACCCAGAUAGUAUCUUCAUCUUCCUGAUGGUCGUAGGAGUGUACCAACUCCGCUAUCGCCGCAAAAAGGCCGGCCUCCCGCCCCCACCCUUCCAAGCCUGGCAUUCCGCUCUCAUCCUCAGCGCUUUGGUUUGCCUUUUCAUCCUUAUCAUGCCGUGGUUCCCGCCAAAGAAGUCGAACGUUAGUUUCUGGUACGGGACGUACUGUGCUGUCGGCAUCGGCUUGAUGGUAGGCAUGGGACUGUACUAUCUCCUUUGGAUGAAAUUAUUGCCGAAGUUGGGCAAAUAUCAGAUCAAGACCGAGACGUUGGUUAAUGACCAGGAUGGAAGCGUAACCCACGUCCUCAAAAGGGUCAAGAAUGACGUAGUGGAAGAGUGGGAUCGUACGCACGAUGGGGCUGGCAAUUUGUUGUUCGAGACAGGCGAUGACGUGGGCACUGGGAAUGUGCAUCUUACACGCAGGGUGAAGGUUAAAGAUGAUGUACCAGUCAGUUACACGGCCGAGCAGAAGGUGUAA